AUGUUGUCACGUGAAGAACAGAACUACUGCUCGAUCAUCUACCACUCUCCUCCCUUCGUUCUCCCCCUCCUUAAGCGUCAUUACGCUAUUUCUCGCUUUCCAAAGAGAUUGGUGCGUUUGGGGAGAUACCGCAACAGACCAGACUUCAAGCAAGUCGAAGGGCGGCCAUCAGUUGAGGAAUCCAAACUUUGGCGAACCUCGCAGCACUCGCUUUCCAAGGAUGGGCCAACAGAUAAACUUUUCAAUCUUGUAUGUCAAAAUGAGGUCUUACUAAUCGAAAGACAACUGGAGAUGUUGAACAUUUUUGUUGGGUUUGAACAAGCCAAUAAAUAUUACAUUUGCAAUGAAGCGGGUGAGCCCCUCGGGUUUAUAGUUGAAGAAGAUGCAGGCAUUUUGGGCGUCGUGACGCGUCAAGCUUUCGCUACGCAUCGACCCUUCCGUGCUGUCAUUAUGGAUCUUCAAGGAUCUCCAAUUCUGUGGAUAAGGAGACCUUUCGCGUGGAUAAAUCCCAGAAUGUUCGUUCAACGACCCAGCGACUCCGAAAGCGGUGACGGAGAACCGGUCCUCGACACAUUUGGCGAAGUACAACAAGUUUGGCAUCCUUGGCGCCGCCGCUACGAUCUGUUUCUUCGUGAGAGUGAAAGCAGAAUUCUAUCCGUAGCUUCAGAUGUUCAACCAGAACCACCAACAUCUAUAUAUGCCCAGUGUGCCAAAGUCGACUCUGGGUUUCUAGCUUGGGAUUUUCGACUUUACAAUGAUCAAGGAGAGGAGGUUGUCUUUAUCAGUCGUUCGUUCAGAGGGUUUGGUCGCGAAAUUUUUACGGACACCGGAAGAUAUUCCGUAACAUUCGGGCCCUCACAAUCCGACAUCAAUACGCGAACUUCAAACCGUGCCUCGUCGGGGAGCCUGAGUAUUGACGAACGCGCUGUAUGCCCAUCCGUUCCACGUUCAUACGAUAGACUCACUCUCCCUUCGUUCUCUAUCCAGCUUUAUCUCGCCUUAGCAGUCAAUAUUGACUUUGAUUAUUUUUCUCGUCAUUCAAAUUCGGGGAGGUGA